UCUUUUAAUUUACUAUGCAAAAACCAAAGUUAGACAACAGUCUAUCUGAAAGUCAAAAAGAAGCAGCGACUCUUCUUUAUAAAAAACUAUUGUCUGAUCGUAACAGAACACUUGAAGAACUACAACAUACGCAAACAAGCUUACAAAAUAAUAUACCCAAAAUAACCAAAAAACCCAAUACACCAAGAGCAGCUAUUGCAUUUUCAUUGUUAGAAGAUUUGAUUGAUGAAUGCAUAUUUGAUGUAUUGCUUGAUGCUCAUAAAGAUAUGAAAAAGGAGAAUGCAACAUGCCAAAUAUGUCAAACAAAGUGCAAACACUAUGUGAGGAAACCAGGCUUUGAUAUUUGGGGAAAGAGUUAUACAGUCAACAAUUUACCUUCUUAUGAAUGUGUUAAUUGUCAAAAGACAGUUACUUCUACACGCUAUGCUCCUCACUUGGAGAAAUGCCUUGGUCUAUCAGGAAGACAGUCAAGUCGUGUAGCAAGCAGAAGAAUAGGUGCAGGAUCUCCAUCUCUCUCAAGUGAUGAUAAUGGAUUAGGUAGUCCUGAUAGUGCUGAUCUUUACUACAAUCAAAAGAAAAAGAAACAGUCUUCUCAAUAUGGAUCUCCUGCAUUUUCUAAUAAUGGAUCAAGAGUAAAAAAACUAAAAUACACUGAAUAAGUUCCAAAAAGAGAGAACAAAAGGCAUGGAUUUAUGUUAAAUAAACCAUAGGAAAUAAACUUAUCCGUAGCA